AUGGCUCUCAAUUCUCGAAUAUUCUCUCAAAUACAAAGGUUUCUGAAGGUAAGGGGCAUUUAUGGUAAGGCGUUUAUUUGCAGCCUUUUGGGACGUUUGGUUUCCAUUUUGGGAUUGUCAUCUUUUGCCUGAUUUACAUUACUCUCGGCGCUGUUUUUAUUUACAAUUUGGAGCAACCAAAGGAACUGGAUGAAUUGAAACAGGUAUUAGAUACCCUGGAACAAAAACAGCUACAAUUUCUGAUCGAUGUAAUCCAUCUCAAAUACAAUCUAGGAGAAGGUAAAAGUUUUUUUAAUUCCUUGAAUAAAUUAAAAUAAAUUUAAAUAUUCAGAUGAGAAAGAGUUCAAGGCGAUUCUGAAGAAGAAGAUUUUAGAGUCCGAAGAGUUUCUCCUAGUUCUAUUCAACCAUCCUGUAGCCGCUAAUUAUUUUGACUCAUUGGUUUUUAAUAAUGGGACAUACAAAGGUAAUUUGAAAAUAAAACAUGAUUCUUUAGUCAUUGCGUCAGCCGGUAGUGAGGCCCGGUCUUAUUGUUAGGAAAAAUCGAUUCUGAGAUAUUCGGCCGAACAUAAUCGCUAGCAAUUGUAUAACAAAGUCUUAAAGUGAGAUGGUCCUAGGCCAGUUUUUUUUACUCCCGUUUAAAUGGUAUAAUAUGUUUCAAAAAAAAACCGGGGGUCGAGGUUUUGCCGAGCCCUUGAAAGGCCAUCGCUGAUGCCCUGACUCAAAGACCAUGUUUUUAAAUACAUAAAUUCAGAUCAGUGGACGUUCUCAUCGUCCCUUCUUUUGUCUGCCACUACAAUAAUUCCAGUCGGCUUUGGCUUUAUUACUCCAAGAACUGAAGCCGGGAAAUUAUUCUUAAUCGGAUAUGCAGUUAUCGGGAUUCCCUUGGCACUGGUCACUAUAUCUGAUAUCGGAAAUUUCUUUUGUGAUUUUAUAUUUGGAUUAUUCAAAGGAGUAAGCUGAUUUUGCAAGUUUGAUAAUCUUUUAGAAUGAGAAGGGGGGUACCUUCUUUGUGGCUUUUCUGAUUUUACUGUACCCAGUCAUAACAAGUCAACUGAUCUAUUUAUGCAGCCAUUUGGAGUUGUCAGAUUGUUACUAUUAUUCGAUUGUUUGCAUGUUUACUAUUGGAUUCGGUGACAUUCUGUAAGACCCUUGUUUCAUCCCAAUCACCUUUCAGUCCUCCGAUUCCAAUUCCUUUUCUCAUAUUAUACUUGGCCUUUGGAGUCAUGUUGAUGACGAUUGGAGUUGAGGUGAUUGGGGCUAACGCCAUCCACCAUAUCCAUUACAUGGGAAGGCAGAUGGGAAAGGCGUCCCAUGUGGCCACAAAGUUCAUUCAAUUGGCCCAUGCCAAACUCAAUAUAAACAAGGGUUUGGAGUUGGGAAUCGGGCAACUAAACGCGUUUGCCAAGAUGGGGGUCAUGUGCAACAUGGACAACGAGUCCUUCAAGCCGCUGCAGCAUCCGGCUUCCAUUGCUUAUGAGCCUCAAAUUCCUCUGAAAUAUGUGGACAUGAAUUAA